AUAAGUAAAGGAUAUUGGAAAAUUAAUGAAGCUUUUUGAGUAAAAAUCUCUGCUUUCUGAGACAAUAAUUAAAUUUGAUGAGCAAUUAAAUUUAAGCUAAGGUAUCUCUUUUAAAAAUGUAUACUUUUCUUAUCCUUUAUCAAAUGACAAAUUAGCUAAGAUGAAUUAAUAAUUUUAUGAAUCAAAUAAGUCUUCAACAAAUCAAAGUUUAACUUUAUAAAAAAACGCUUAAGAAAAUUACACUUUAGCUUAAAGUAAUUUAAAUGACGAGUCUGAGAUUUUUUUAGAGUCAGAAUAAAUCUAAAAUAAAGUAACCAAAAAUACAUUAGAAAAUGUGUCCUUUGAAAUUUAAAAAGGAUAAUAUGUUUCUUUUGUAGGUAAGAGUGGAAGUGGAAAAUCAACAAUUACCAAACUCCUUUUAAGACUCUAUGAUCCUAAUAGUGGAAGUGUGUUUUUCGAUGACAAAAAUGCUAAAAACAUUGCAAUUAAAUAAAUCAAGUAAAGUAUUGGGUAUGUGAGUUAGGAUCCAACCCUUCUUGACAACGAUAUUUUAUAUAAUAUUACUUAUGGUUGUGAAGAAUAUAGUGAAGAAGACUUAUUGAAAGUUUGUGAUUACUCAGGAGUGAGUGAGUUUGCAUUUGAUAAAAAGAGAUUUCCAGAAGGUUUAAAAACACUUAUCGGAGCAAAUGGAUCUAAGCUUAGUGGUGGCUAGAAAUAGAGAAUUGCAAUAGCGAGAGCGCUUUUGAAGAAACCCAGUAUUUUAAUUUUAGAUGAGGCAACUAGUUCUUUAGAUGCAGAAAGCGAGCACACAGUCUAGAAGUAUAUUGACUAAUUAAUUGAAAGCUAAAAGCAUUCUUUGACUAUAAUUGUUAUAGCUCAUAGGUUAAGUACAGUAGUUAAAAGUGAUAAAAUAUUUGUAAUGGAGAAAGGUUAAUUAAAAGAAGAAGGUACUCAUGAAGAAUUGAUUUAAAAAAAUAAUAUUUACAAAAAGCUGGUUAUGCAUUAAAUAAGUAAGCACAUUGAAGAAUGAUUGAUAUAUUCUAACUAAUAUUUGUUUGUAUUGAUACUUUAUAUAUCAAAUGUAUUUUUAAAUGGGAUUUUUAGC